AUGUCACCUAUAAUGUUCAAGAACAACUCAGGUGUGACCCCAGCUGGGAAGUGUGGGGCCUGGGUGAAGGAGCCCCAAGGAGGGUAUUUCACCUCGCCCAACUACCCUGAGAAAUACCCUCCUGAGAGGGAAUGUGUCUACAUCAUAGAAGCCUCUCCUCGACAGUGCAUCGACUUGUUCUUCGAUGACAAGUACUCCAUCGAGCCGUCCUGGGAGUGUAAGUUUGACCACAUCGAGGUCCGCGACGGGCCCUUUGGUUUCUCCCCCAUCAUCGGCCGCUACUGUGGGCAGGAAAGCCCUGCGUAUGUCCGCUCCAGUGGGAGGUACCUGUACAUCAAGUUCGUGGCUGACGGUGAGCUGGAGGCCAUCGGUUUCUCUGCCCGGUACAACUUCACACAAGAUCCCGAGUUCCAAGAGCUUGGAGCGCUGCCAGCUCUGCCAUAUUGUGAGUUUGAGCUGAGCGGUCCGGAGGGCUUCGUAGAAUCGGCGCAGAUCGCCAGGGAGGGGCAGGCGCUGCAGACUGAAGCUGUGGACUGCAGGUGGUACAUCAGGGCUCCACUAAGAGCGAAGAUCUACAUGCGUUUUAUGGAGUACGAGAUGCACAACUCGAAUGAGUGCAAGCGUAACUUUGUCGCCAUCUACGACGGCAGCAGUUCAGUCGAGCACCUGAAGAAUAAGUUCUGCUCCACGGUGGCCAACGACGUCAUGCUGGUGUCCUCUGUGGGCGUGGUCAGGCUGUGGGCGGACGAGGGCAGCAGGAAGAGCAGAUUCAAGAUCCUCUUCACAACCUUCCACGAACCUCCAUGUGAAGAUGACACUUUCUUUUGCCACAGCAACAUGUGCAUCAACCAGACGCUGGUCUGCAACGGCAUCCAGAACUGUGUUUACCCCUGGGAUGAGAAUCACUGCAAAGAGAAGAGGAAAGCCAGCAUCCUGGACACGCUGGAUCACACCAACCUCACCAUCAUCGGAGUAACCUGUGGCCUGGUUGUCAUCUUGCUCGUCAUCUCUGUCAUCAUCCAGAUCAAACAGCCUCGCAAGAAAUACAUCAUCCGUAGAGACGACUUUGACCCUGCGCUCCUCCACCCUGGUUUCGAGCCUCCUCAUUACGAGCUCUGCACUCUGCGCCGCACCCCAUCUGGUGACCUGACUGACGCCGCCAUGGCCGAGGACUUCGAGAAGUUCCACAAGCUCCGCCGCUCCUCGAGCAAAUGUAUUCGCGACCACCACUGUGGCUCUCAGCAGGGGAGCGUGCACGGCAGUGUCCAUGGCAGCCGCAGCAACCUAAGCACGAGGGAAACCAACACUGUCGGUGACGGGGGGGCUCUUGUGCCUCCAUUGCCGCCAGCGAUGGUGGGGCAACAGUCGCCGCACCUCUCCUACCACACCACCCCGGCGGGUCGACGGAGCAUCCUGGUGAUGAAGCACAGCUACUCUCAGGACGGAGCAGAGAGGUACAGGCCGGAGGAGGAGGAUGAUUUGAUGAUGGAUGAUGGUCCCACCACCAGCCAGCGCCACAUGCACCACCAUCAGAUCCACCAUGGCAUGUCAGGGCUGGAUCACACUGUCCACCGUACACUGUCUAAUGACUUCUAA